AUGUUUCUAAACCUUAUACAGGACAACGAUCUCAACACAGAAGAUUGUGUGAAGAAUCCCUGGAGGAUUUGCAACAUUCAGCAAAUGGAAGAAGUCAAAUGUUUGAUCAAAGUGCUUCCAAUCCGGGCUUUAGGCAUUCUCUGCUUGAUUCCCAUAACACAACAUGGUGUCCCUAAUCACCAUAGGCUUGUUCCCCAAUCACCAUUGUUCUACAGCACUGAGUCACCAGAUAAAAUGAAAAGGAUAGGAAACUCUUUGCAAUAUCUUGUGGUGGCAUUUUCAAUUUAUGUUGGAACCUUGGUGGUUAAUGUUGUGCACCAACUGACUCGAAAGCAUGAUGGAAUUGAUUGGUUGAAUGAUGACAUCAAUGCUGGAAGAUUGGACUACUAUUACUUCCUCGUGGCUGGGUUAGCUUCGAUUAAUCUCGUCUAUAUCUUGUUAUGUGUUAAACAUUACCGUUAUAAGGUUAAUGUCGAAGAAAAAGUUGUGGAGAAACUUGAGCCUUGA